GAGGGCUUUCCGUUCUAAAAAAAAGUCUUAAGGGUAGAGUCCUUAAGGUGGCAUAUAAAAAGAAACAUUGUCCAGCCAGGUUUUAAACGUUUAUAUAUAAUGAAUGUUUGCAAAGUUCCAUAAAUGUGUGUGCUGCAUCCUGACAGAAUUAAGUUACAAUAUUGAUGCAUGACAAAUUUACUGUGGACAAAUCAAAUAAUUACAUAGGUGUACAGAAUACAAGCAAAAUGGGGCUGUUUAUGCGACAAUUAUAUUACAUGUUGUACAAAAACUUUUUAUUCAAAAUACGCAAUAAAAGACAGACUGUCAUGGAAAUAUUAAUUGUUUUGUAUUUUGUGAUGUUACUUGUUAUCGUUAAAAAGACUACGCCUCACGAUACUGAGAAAGCAGUUACAGAGUCUGAGCAAAUAUUAUUUAAGGUGAAUGAUAAAGCAAUGAAGAUUGGCUUUGUCAAAAAAACAGGUGGUAAGUUUGUGGAUGAUUUGGUCAGGAGUGUGCAGUCAGAAACUAACCUUACCUUUUAUGAAUUUGAUUCUGAGGAUAAAAUGGAUGAUUUUUACAAACAUGACAAAGAUAAAAAGAAUUUCUCAACUGGAAUUCUAUUUGAAUACAACACCAGUUCCCAUGAAUUAAGUUAUACAAUUAAAACACCAUUUAAUUUGAUGCCAGAUGCGUCAGUAAAAGAUACUGAUGAAGGAAAAUGUCGAAAACCUGGGGAUAUUCAUUCACCUACAGUUUGCCCAGCUGGAUCCUAUGUCAAUACUGGUUUUUCGUCACUACAAGCAAUAAUUGAUGUACAUUUUAUUCAGAUUGUUACGAAUCAAUCCAUAUCUUCUCCCAUUAACAUUGGUAUGAAGAUGUUCCCUAAAAGGAAAUACGAUCCACCUCAGGACUACUUGAAAAAUGUUGUGAUGAUAUAUAUGAACAUUGCAUUUGCUCCAUACAUUCUUUUUCUCUUAACCAACAUUGUAACCGAGAAGGAAAAUAAAAUUAAGGAGUCAAUGAAAAUCAUGGGGCUCAACAUGACAACAUUUUGGCUAUCGUGGUUCAUAACCUAUGCUGUUGUUAUCUUAAUUGGUUGCAUACUGACCACCAUUAUUUCUGCAGGUGCGAAGAUAUAUGGAGACAGCCAAUACGUCAUCAUCUUUUUGAUUUUGUUUUUGUUUGGACUAUCAAUCAUUACCCUAUCUUUUCUGUUCACCAUCUUCUUCAAGAAAGCAAAAACUGCAGGGAUGGCUGGCUCACUUGGUACAAUAUUGUUAAGUUUGUUAUCGUUGUUACAUAUCUAUCUCGACACAUCAAAUGCUGUAAAAUGGUUGACUUGUCUCCUUUCACCAGUCGCUUUGAGCUUGGGUCUAACCGCAGGCCUUGAUAGUAAAAACCCAUUGACCUUUUCCAAUCUUGCAUCGAAAGGUGACUUUCCAGCUAGUAAUGCAAUCAUAAUGAUAUUUAUCGACAUAUUUUUAUACCUCUUUCUGGCAAUGUAUUUGGAUGCUGUUUUUCCUGGUGAAUAUGGCAAAGCAAAACAUCCAUUAUUUCCCUUUUUACCGUCAUACUGGAAAAAUAUAUUUGGUAAAAAAGAUCACACUGUUAAAAGACAGACUUCCUUGAUACGUUCUGGCUCUUUAAAGGAAAGUUCAAUACAGGAAGAUAUUGAAGAAAUUCCUGAAGAACUACUUGGAGACAAAGUUAUCAGUAUAAAAAAUCUUCGAAAAGUUUUUAAACAAGGCAAGAAGAAACCGGAUGUGCGAGCCCUUAAUGGAGUAACACUUGAUGUUUUUGAAGGGCAGAUAACUGCUCUACUUGGUCAUAACGGCGCUGGAAAAAGUACUUUGAUAUCUACUUUGACUGGUAUGUUAGUACCAACAGAAGGUAAUGCAGAGAUGUAUGGAUUAAGCAUACGUCAGUCAGAAGAGAUGGAUGACAUUCGACAAAUAAUUGGAUUAUGUCCUCAACAAAAUAUCAUAUUUGAGCAACUAAAUGCAAGAGAGCACUUAAAAAUAUAUGCUGGCAUCAAAGGACUCCCUCCUAACGAAAUUGACCAAAUUGUUGACUCUUUGCUAAAAGAUAUUGAUUUGCAUGGGCACGCUACAACUCUCUCAAAAGAUUUAAGUGGUGGACAAAAACGAAAAUUGUGUGUUGGUAUUGCUUUGAUUGGUAAUCCAAAGAUUGUGUUUUUGGAUGAACCAACCAGUGGAAUGGAUCCGUCUUCUCGGCGUCAGAUUUGGUCUUUGCUGCAAUCAAGAAGAAAUGGCAGGGUUAUAUUUUUGACAACACAUUUUAUGGAUGAGGCUGAUAUUUUAGCAGAUUACAAAGCCAUAAUGACAAAAGGUAAAAUCCGCUGUGCGGGAACCUCUCUUUUCCUUAAAUCAAGAUUUGGUGUAGGCUAUCAUUUGGGCAUGGUUCUUGAAAAGAAUGCAGACAUUCUAGCCAUACAAAACACUGUUAAAGGAGUUAUCCCCACUGCUGAAAUAUCACGUCAUCAUGGAAAAGAACUGGCUUUCCGACUUCCAUUAGCAGAAGUCAAUAAAUUUCCUGAUUUAUUUAAUCAUUUCGAGGAGUCAAAGGAAGCCAACAACCUUUUCUCAGUUACAAAGUUAGGAAUUACUAGUUACGGUGUGUCAAUUACCACGUUAGAGGAAGUAUUCUUGAAGCUAGAAGAACCCAGCGAAGAAGAAGAGGAAGCAAAUACAAUUGAAAAUCCACAGGCCUACCCAAUAGCAAUGAACGAACAGACGCAUUUAACAGUCAAUAAUGGGCUUAAAGUUUCGGAAAGUGUUGGUGAUUUGUAUAGCUCAAACCUAGAAUUAAAUCCAGCCACCCUUGAUAGUACCUCUAAAAGAACAGAUGUAUCUUUGUGGAUACAAUUUAUGGCACUGCUUGAGAUUCGCUGGAAAUUGUCAAUACGAAGCCCAAUGAAGAUUGUGUUUCAAGCUAUUAUUCCUCCUAUCCUUCUGGUUGUUGGUUUAGUACUUUUUCGAAAUGUCACCAAAGGAGCGAUUGAUGAUGUCAGCUCUGUGAAGUUACCCCCUUCUAUGUAUUUGAAACAGGGCUCCAACCCUCCACGAGAUGCAUCAGAAUUACUCUGGAAGUUAAAAAUACGCAAUAACACAAUUUCUGAAAUACUGAAUAAAUCAUUCUCUGAAAUUGAUGUGCAGAAUAAAAACAUGUCAGCGUGGGAUCUGAUAAAGUUAGCUCCUCAUGCCAUUGCCAUUGAUGUACUGAAUGUCGGAAACACUGGACAGAUUGAUUACAUUGUGAAUUUCAAUGACACACAUGUCAAUUCACUUCCUGUUGGUAUCAACACAAUCAGCAAUUCAAUGUAUCAUUUAAUGGCAAACAAAAAAGGUAUCACAGUUGAUCAGAAAAUAUUAAUAUCUGUCUACAACAAGCGUUUUAAAUCUCGAGAGGCUCGCUGGGUAUACGAUGGAGCUGGUCAAGCUGCAGUGAUGCUGAUUGGUUUGUGCUUUGUUACAAUGUUGGGUGGCUUCACUGUGUACGUAGUCAUGACACGUCAGCUCGGUAUACGCCAUCAAUUGCGUGUUUCUGGCACAAGUCGUUUAAUGUAUUGGUUACAAAUCCUGGCAGGAGAUUUGCUGUUUUACGUUAUUCCCAUCGUCAUACUGUUUAUUGUAAUACCAGCUAUGAACAUACAUUCAUUGAACAUGGGAAAUGCAAUGGGCGCCAUUUUUCUUCUACUGUUGCUUUACAUCCCUGCAAACUUGUUCUUCUCCUACACCUUGUCAUUCAUGUUCACAAAAUGGGAAACAACUCAAAAUGCAAUGCCAACGAUAAUUAAUAUGAUUGCAAUUAUUCCAUAUUACGUCAUAACAACUAUUGAUAUGGUAUCUGGUACAAUAGAUGGGAAACCAUUGCAUGCUGUUAUUGCCAUGAUCGUGUCGGCACUCGAUCCACCUUCCACACUGUUGACUGGACUGUAUUACAUUGCUAGGGUAUAUCGUGUCGAAUCAAUCUUGCAACAAAAAACCGAAAUCGAUAAUAUUCCAGCAUCCAAGUAUUUUGAUUGGUAUUCCAACAACGCCCUUCCGGCUGUGUAUUUAUUUACGUUUAUCCAUCUUAUUGUGUUUUCGUGGGCUGCUUAUGCGAUAGAUUGUUACAAAUCUGGUGGCAUAUUGAUAUUUCCGCUCUCAUUGUUUCCGAAGUCGACUUGCCGCGUUCUAAAAUGUAAAAAAAAGAAGUCGACACCCCGCGCCACGAAGCACUCCAACGCAGAGGUGAACGAAGAUGUGAAAGAGGAAAAGGAGAAAGUGAUAAACAGUAUUUUGGAAAGUCAAAUGAAUGAAACGUCUGUUAUUGCGCAGGGCUUAAAGAAAAAGUUUGGUGAUAAACAAGUUGUAAAUGACAUCAAUAUACUGGUAAAUCGUGGUGAGAUUUUUGGCCUACUUGGACCAAACGGGGCUGGCAAAACGACUACAUUGAACAUGAUCACAGCGGAUUUACAUCCUGAUAAUGGACAAAUUUUUGUAGACGGUAACAAUAUAGAAACUGAUUUGAAAAAAGCAUUCCAAAGUCUUGGUUAUUGUCCGCAAUUUGAUGCAUUGUGGGAAGAAAUCACAAUUCGAGAACAUCUUAAGUGCUAUGGUCUAAUCAAGGGUGUUUUACCAAAAGACAUCAAUACGUUAGUGACAAAGUACGCACAAGUGUUAAAGAUCACUGAACAUAUGGAUAAACGAGCAAAGGAGCUAUCUGGCGGCACGAAGCGGAAGUUGAGUUUUUUGAUGAGCAUGAUUGGAGAUGCGAAUGUGAUAAUAAUGGACGAACCCAGUUGUGGUAUGGAUCCUUCAGCAAGAAGAUUUUUAUGGACAGCGAUUAGUUCCAACACAACGGGUGAGAGAGGAGUUAUUUUAACGACGCACUCCAUGGAGGAGGCCGACGCGCUCUGUGGUCGAUUAGCAAUAGUUGUGAAAGGUGAAGUAAAAUGUGUUGGUACAACUCAGGAAUUAAAAUCCACCUACGGUGGAGGGUACCAACUUGAAAUCAAAUUUAAAACGAAGCAUGAGGAACAUGUCGACAGAAAACAGAGGAUCACAGAUUUUGUGUUCUCCCAGUUUCCACACGCACAAGAAGUGGAGUACUUCGGUUCAAGAAUAACAUACAAAAUCCCAAAAGACGAAGUUCAAAGCUUAGCAAGUGUAUUUCAAAGUCUUGAAGCAGGUAAAAAUGACAUCGGCAUAGAAGAGUAUAGCUUCAGCCAGUCGACUUUGGAGCAGGUAUUUUUGGAGUUCGCAAAAGAACAAGACGAUGAUCACACUGGUGUCUCUGCUACCCCAACUGAAAGUAUGGAAGUGUGACUCCAGAUUGGUUAUUAGUCAAAUAUUUUAUUAGUCGCUAUUUUUUUAAUUUGUAAGAUAAACAUAACGAGAUAGUGUCAAAUCGUUCAACAGCCACCUUUCAUUCUGCAACACUGAAACUGUUUUGAAGAUAUGCUUUUAAAAGAAAUUUACACUUUUAAAAACUGUUUAUAGUUUUAAAUGCGUUAAAAAAAAAACUUUUACGAUUUCGCUAUGUUUGUCCUCAAUCUGAGAAAAUUUUUAGAAAACGCUAGAUCCCAAAAGUUUAUUACCAGAAUAUAUGUUGAAAUAUAAUUUUUGAGAAUUUCUAUUUAUUUUGUCACUUUUAUCUUUAAGUUUCUCAUUAAUUAAUAUUUUUGAAUCAGUUUUUAUCGUUGUUGGCAUUUUUUGGUAAAUUCACACAUUUUAAUUCACACUUGAACAAUUAUUAAUGUGUGCCUGUCACUAAAGUUAAUUCUUGCGAAAGUUUUUAUAAGAGUAUUUAUUGAAAUUUCUUUGAUUUUGCGAUUUUUUGACUCGCGAAAGUUUCUUCCUUUAUGAAAAUUUAAAUUAGUGCGGGUCAUAAUAAUAUGUAAAUUAUUUAAUUAUGAUAAUUAUGUAUUUACGUUUUUGGCGCGGCUCAAAUAGAACAGCAUUUUAAUCUUCGCGAGUUUAAUUCUUCACUUCUAUAGCUUUUUUAUUCUACAACUUUGUUAAAACAGUCUGAAGCAUGCGCUUUCAGGAUUUCUAAUGGUUGUGUAUUGUUUUGUAUACAGAUGUAUAUUGAAUCAAAAAAUUGUUCUGUUUGAAUUAAGCAAUCAAUCUAUAUAAAAGUUCUUUUCCUUUCGUAAUAGAAAACCAUCGUAUAACGAGCAGUGUGUUCGUGAAACGAGCAGUGUUUUCUGGAAAUAAGUUCACUCUUUGCAUGUUGUGUUGACGUGUUAAAACGCCGGACUGUGGUCUGUUAUUGACUCUUCCGAUAUACCGACAACUCAGUCGGUGGAGUACUCACCAUUUUUUAUAAAAAAAUUAAGCUAUACAGUUCUAUCCUACUAUUUUCUAGAUUUUUUUACUAUAAAUUUGGCGAUAUUAUAAGGCGCCGAAGUAUACGGAUAUAAAAAUACCGGGCACAGAAAUAACGUAAAAAAUAUCCGGCAUAAUGACCGUUUACAUCGAUGGAAAGUCAAUUAUUUAAACCAGAGAAACACUUAUUGAAGAUCAAUAUUGAAAUAAAAUGAAUAUUGAAAUAUUCAUCUUCAGACAAUGAUGGAUAUAAAAGAAAUUUCAGGUUCUCAAGGAGCAGCGGUAUGAGAGUUACGGACUUACUUUGUUACAUUUUAAAUUAUUUUAUUAUUGUUUUCUCAUCCUCUGUGUAUUAUGUAGUUGUUGAAAAUUAUAUUUAAAAAACUUGUAAGAUAAAUGUAACAAUUUACAUUGAUAAUAAUAAACAAAACAUCAAUCAAA